GGCAACAAUACAUUGCUCUGUGUGUGAGUGAGUGAGUAACUUGCCCUCUUCACGAUGGGUGGACAAAAGUUCCAGUAUGAUGAGUCUGGAUCUACAUUUUUCUAUUUCCUCACCAGCUUCUUGGCCCUGGUGCUCAUCCCAUGCACAUACUACUUCUGGCCUGCAGCCGUAAACGAAGAGGAGCAAGAAAAAGAACAAUGUGAGGUGGUCCUACGGAAAUAUGCCAAACUUAAAAAACCUGAAAAAUGGAAAGGAUUGCAGAAGGUAACUCAACGUAUGAUUAUUGUGGCAGGAUGGGCACUUAUGGCUUACCUAGUGUAUAAACUACAACAGUUUGAUUAUGAAUAUGCAAAUUUUGACCCAUAUGAUAUACUGGGGGUUGGUGUGGGUUCUUCAAUAGCAGAAAUAAAGAAGGCAUACAGGAAACAGUCUCUCAUAUACCAUCCUGAUAAACCUACUGGUGAUGAACGGAAAUUCAUGAAACUCAAUAAAGCUUACCUUACUCUAACUGAUGAUGAUGCAAGACACAACUAUGAAAGGUAUGGUCACCCUGAUGGACCUGGUGCAACACACUUUGGCAUUGCAUUACCCUCGUGGAUUAUUGAAAAGGAGAACUCCUUAUGGGUUUUAGGUCUCUAUGGCUUGGUGUUCAUGAUUGCUUUACCAACAGUUGUGGCCAUCUGGUGGUAUCGAUCUUCCAAGUUUUCUAAUGACCAGGUUCUCUUGGACACUACGCAGUUAUACUAUUAUUUUGUACAUAAGACUCCUCAUAUGGUUUUUAAACGGGCAUUGAUGGUGCUAGCAGCAUCAAUGGAAUUUGAGAAGGGUCAUAAUCCUGAGAUAGUUGAACGUCCAACAGACAACAUUGAACUUCCGCAGUUGAUAAAACAGUUGCCAAAUCUUGGAGAAAAGAAUAAAGAACGCCCUUUGUGUUUUGCAUAUUCAAUUAAAGCUCGUUCAUUACUUCAUGCUCAUCUCUCACGGAUGAAACUUCCUGAAGAUACUUUAGACCAAGAUCGCCUCUACAUUGUCAAGUGCUGUCCAAUCUUGAUCCAGGAAAUGGUGACAUGUGUGUCCCAGCUAAUUAUGCUGGCACAUGCAGGCCGUAUUUCACGCCUUCCAUCACUUGACACUAUUGAGGCUUGCAUGAAACUUAGUCCUCAUAUUGUGCAAGCUAUGUGGGAUUCUAACAGAAAUCCCCUUAUGCAGCUUCCUCAUGUUACUGAGGAAACACUAAGGGCUUUUGUUAGUAAGCGUCGCCCAAUAAGAACAAUUGAACAGUUGCUAAGUUUGACCCCUAAUGAGAGGAGUCAUAUUUUCCGCCAGUUUACUGAAGAGGAGUACAAUGAUAUUAUGGUUGUGUGCAGAAAGAUGCCCCAUAUUGAUAUGAAAAUAAAUUAUGAAGUUGUUGAUGAUGAUGAUAAUGUGGUCUUCACUGCGGGAGCCAUUGUAACAGUAACAGUCAAUUUGUCACGACGCCCAUUAGGAGACAAGUUUGAAGAUGUUCCUCAUGAUAUCCCCCACCAAAAGCCAGAGGUAUUGCCAGUGGAGGAACAACAGACCACAAAGACCAAUUCAGGUUGGAAGAAGCCCCAGAAAAAGGUUAAUAAAUCCAAAUCCAAAGCACAGCAGCCUCAGAAGAAAAAAGGGCAAGGUACAAAGAAAGAAGAAGGCCAUCAAGAUGAGAAGAAAGAGAAGAGUAAGAAAAAUAAAAUUGGCAAUGCUGGUAUGCUUCAAGAGGACCUUGCACCUGAAGAGAAGGUUGGAGAUUAUACAGAUGAAGAAGAGUCUGCAUCUCAUUCAGACGAAUCAUUAGCAGAAGAAGCAGAUACAGAGUCGCACAGAGAUGAUAAGAAUACUGUUGAUGAUGAUGAUGAGUGGGAAAAAUUCCAGAAAGGUUUGACAAAGAGAGAAAAGGCUCUUGAAGGAAAGUCCAAAAUAUCGCACUCUGUACAUUGUCCGCAUUUCCCAGAAGACAAACAAGAACAUUGGUGGACAUACGUAUGUGAUCGUAAAAAACACAUGCUUAUUACUGCCCCUUACCAGAUAACAAACCUUGUUGAUCAAGAGGAAGUGCAGCUCAAGUUUACAGCUCCUCAGAAACCAGGGAUUUACACCUACCAAGUUUGUCUCCGUUCCGACUCCUACAUUGGUUUUGACCAAGUACAAGAUAUUAAACUAGAUGUGAAAGAGGCCAGAGAAAUUCCCACUGAACAUCCGCAGUGGCAGGAAUGUUCAAGCGAUGAGGAAGAUGAUGAUGAUAAUGAUCUGGGUAAAGAUGAUGGUGAGGAGUCCGAAUAUACCACUGACGAAGAGGUAACGGACGAAAGUGAUGAGGAGUGAAAGGUUUGAAUAUUUGCAUAUCUGUGGUUAGAAAAUAUCAGUUAAUUACUAGUGGCAUUUUAUUUUAAGGAUUAUUAUAGUCCUUAAAAAAAAAAAAAAAAAACUGCAGAUGUUAGCAAUAAGAAAAAGACGGUAUAUUUUGGCUAAUUGCCAGUUAUUCAAGUGUAGCUUGCUGAGUCAGACUACUUAAUAGAAACUGAAACCGUUGGCCUUGAAGUUGUAAGGUUACGUUUAAAUAUUGAGUUUGAAUGAAGUUAUCAAUAAAAGUAUUUUAGUAUUCAUAGGAGUUUGUAAUUGAAGAAAAUAUUUAAUUAUUUCUUUAGAGAUUUGAUUAUUUCCAUCCCCAAUUCUGAUAUAUAUUUUGACUAAAGAUUUUAACAAAUUUUUACAUAAAAAUUUUCAGUUUUCAGCGCACUAACUUUUACUAUUUUUGUAAAAACAUUAGGUGCUCCUGACUCAUUUGACAUUUUCAAAGGAAAUUAAGUAUAUUUAAUGGUAAUGGAUUUCAUGUAAAUGAUAAGGCAAUUCCAAAAGUAUUAUGGUUGGUUAUAUUUGGCAGUGGGAUGGUAUAUUAUUUGAAAGUAAUGGAUUAGGUUGAGAGGUACUUGUUUACAAUAGUUAAUUCAUUUAGUGACAUCUCAGUCACCAAUGAAUAUUGUCAUUGCAGCUCUGGUGCUCCUAGUUGCAAUUGUAUAUUAACCUAGUUGAAUUAUAAUCCUCACAUCUUAAAAGAGAAAAGUGAAUGGUUCUACUAUGGCUGUUGGAGUCAUUUACUGAUACCUGUGCUUCUUAUACAUGGGUGUUCUGUGUAAAUUAGGGGAUGUAAUGGCCUCUUAAUUAUGUUUCCAUGCAAAGCAAUUGAAUAUUCACAAGUAGGAACAACGAAAACUGCCUCAUUUUAUUUGGCAGACCUAGUGUAAUUUGUCAUAAACUAGGUAAGAAACAUUUUAUUAAUUUCACUCACAGUCGUAUGUUGAAAGAAACUGAUUUGCAAAUUGUUGCCAUUCCUUUGAGAUGAGACUUGAAAAAAUGAUUUCAAUGGAAAGUUCACAAGGGAAAUGUUGAAAGAUGUACAGAUCAAAUUAGAGUUCUAUUAGUUUUUGAAAUUCUACCAUAAAACAGCCAAUCUAGGAAAUGACUGAUUUUGUUCAUCUUCAAAAUGAGUUAGAUUAUAACAGCAAAUAUUGAAUUAUGUGCAAUGUGCAAGGCAGUUUAUGCUAAAUGUUAUUUUAUCAGGUUUCUGCCAUUGAGAAAACAGUGGUACAAUCCCUUAGAAAAAUUUUUGAAGUAUUUUAGUUUCCUGUGAGUUUCAGCCUUUAAUUUUUUUCCCAUUAUCUGAUGAAACAAUUAUAGUAGUUUGACCAUACCACUGAGUUAACAUUAGCAAGGAUAUAGUAUUUGCUGUCAAAAUAUUACUGAAUGAACUGUUAAAAAUUGUAAUGAACAUUUUAAACCAUCAGUUGGCUUCAACAUGAAAAAUAGUUAGGACAAAUAGCUGUUCAUUGUAGUAAGAUGACAAUGCAUGAGCACAGGUAGUUAAAUGCAAAUAUAGUCAAAUCUAAUUUCUCCAAAUUUGAAUAGCAGCCCACACAAUGUAAUCAAGGGGAGUUUUUGGCUCAAGCAGUCUGGUUACUUUUUGUUUAUAAUUGGCUAACUAGUUAUAAGAAGCAAUCCAUUACAGUGCUUGGUUUCAAGAUAACAUGAAAUAAAAAAAUAGUUGGCAUAAAAUAUGAUCCUAAUAACAUGGGUCAAAAUUAGGUUUGGCAGCCUCAUUUUCAUUAUCAAAUACAGUGGUAUUUUUGUUAAAGGGGUAGUGUAGAUGGAAUUUAAUAAAUAUCACAUUAUCUACCAUGUGGAUACAAAUAGAAAAUUGUCCAAAGAAAAACACCAGAGUGUAAAAAAAUUUCAACUGGUGUUUUCAAAUUAUAUUUAUAUGGAUAAAUAAUAGUCUUUAUUAGGGCGUGAGUAAUUCUGGAUGGUAAUGUAAGAAGUGUGCACUUAUGGGUAGGAUUUUGUAGCUGACUUCAAGGUAAGCUAGUAUAUGAGUAAAAGAUUUAAUAAUUUCUUAUGAAUAAAGGUUUUGAAGCUAAAGAACGGUUGUAAAAGGCUGAGAGUGCAUAUAAAUAUGGCAGGAUGGAAAAAAAUUAUCCAAAAUGUAGGAAACUGUGCUAACAAGUUCGAAGGUCAGCGAUUUAAGUGGUUGGUUGUGCUUUGCUAAGUAUUAAAAGUUCUUCAAAAAUAUUUUGAGUGAUUGUACACUGUUUAAACUUUAAAGUGGUGAUAUACAGUAGUUUAAGUAAAAGCUGUGAUUAACAUAAAAAUUUUAUUUGAGGUUUUACUUUCCGAUAUUUCCAAAGUUACAGGCAAAGAUGAAGUCCUAAGUACUGUGUUAGUCAUGAAGUCGGUAUUUUUCUCACAAAUAAUGACAUGAAUAAGUUAUUUUAGUGGCAUUUGAUGAUUAUGAAUGUGAUAUUUGAGAAAUUUUAGUAUUGUAGUUUAAGAACUGUGCUUUUGACCCCUCCAUUUAUGAAGAGAAUGAGAAGUAAAUCCACUGAGUAUUAGGUCAUGAUUAGAAUCUUUCUGGCGUACAAUUUUGUAUAAAAAAAGAGAGAGAAAAAACAUGUUACAUUGCCUUUUCAUAUACCCAUAUCAAAAGAGGUAGUAAAUUUUUCAUUACCUUCACAACACUGGGAAUUCAACUGCUAUUGAAAUCUCAAACCUGAGUCUUAAUUAAAUAUAUUACUUGGUAAAUCUUUAUUUUGAGUUUACAGUGAGAGUGCAUUUAUGAAGAGUUGUUUCAUGAUAUUGGAUAUGAUAAAAGAAAUCUACCAUCACAUUUUUUAAUAGUUUUUUGUUGUUUGGUAUCAUAAAUGUUUGAUCACUGAUGUCAUACAUUUACAUCUAUAUCUAGAUUAACAAUAAAUAAAAGAUAUUUAAUUCUCUAAAAUAGAUAGGUAGUAAUGUAGUAUGUAAACUUAUAAAGCAUGAAUUAUUUAUUUUUACAAAUUUGUAUUUGAAUUUAGUGGUAGUGGGGAUGUCCUGUUAUUCUUUUCCUACAGUUUUCCAGCAAGGGAUUUUGUACUGAAAUGUUAUUCUAGAAGGAUUUGACAUUGACAUUCUUUUAACUUAUAUAUAAGGGAUUGGUAGCAAGCUUUUUUUCCCCAUGGAUUGACUGUUUUUUAAAAAGAAUAGUGUUGAGAUUCUUCUUCUAGAAUAAUACUAAAGUAAUUUAUAUCUUUCUUGUAUGUUUUUUAUGAAAAAGGACAUGGCCUGGUUGGAGGUGAAAUGUAGAGUUUAGAAAUUGUCAAGUUUUUAAUUUUAUAUUGCAGUUUCUUGUAUAUUUGUAAGCAAGCACUUGGACAGCUUAAGUGAUAUGUGGUGUAAGAAGAAAGUUUCAGUAUACAUUAUGCAUGUGAGUUGAAUGAAAACUGAUAUAGUAUGAAGUAUUGAUUCUUGAUGCUUGAAUAAUGGCAUUUAAUGAAAGCCACAAUGCUCAAGUUACUGUAAAGCUGACUGUUUGAAAUCCAGAUUAUCUUUGGGAAUUACAUGGAGAUUCCUUACCAAGUGGAAAAUUUCAUAUUCAUUUUUUGACUUCAGAUAUUGAUUCUAUCAAUUUCCUAUUUCAUGAGUCUUGAAAGUGAGAGUGGCAGCAGUCUAGGUUGAAGAAAUUUUAGCAUUUACUUUUUGUUGUUGUAUUUGCGCAUUAAGUGUCAGUUGCAUUGAUAACUUUGUUCUACAAGCUUCAGGAUGAUAAUAGUAAAGAAAAAAAAAUUUGUUUGCUGUAGCAUAGCAUUUAAAAAUUGUUUCUUAAAGACAAUAUAGGCAAGUAAUUAAACUGUUGAAGGAUAUUAAUUAAAAAUAAAUCUCGGGUUAAGAAAUUAUUAUGAUUGGGUUAAACUACAUCAUCAUAAUAAUAAUAAUAAUGAUUUGUUAACCAAGGAUUUAUUUUUACCUUAGUGUCAGAAAUUUAUAAAAAAAAAAAAGACUAAUACUUGGUAUGAUGUGUAUCUGGGUUUCCUGUAUGCUUGUACACAUUAUCGAGCAGUUCCCUUUUAAUUAAAGUUAUUGAGGUAAAAGGCUUGGUGAAUCAUGAAUAUUGAAGGUGUUUCAUGAAUACUGUUAUCUAGAGUCAUUAGGAAAAACUUAAUACAGAGAUUGAAGAACAUAACAGUAAGGAUGUUUAAAUAGAGAAUUCUGAUUUUGGAGAAUAUGAAAUCCAUAGUGUGCAACUGUCUGUACUCGCUUUUUAUGUGCUCUUUGCAUCGUAUAUGCAUCGAAAUUUUGAAUCUUGAAUUUGAUAUGAUUAUACAGUAAAUAGUUUUUGUAACAGUGCAUAAAACUGUUAAUUCCAUUCUUCUUUUUUUUUAAGACAAACCUAGCAUUUAAGGACCAGCAGAGAAAUUUGAGUAUUGGAAGCUUCAUGCUAUAAAGAAUCAAAUCUUUAGGAAGUCAUUUUUUUCCCAGUUAUAUGGGAAAUUUAGUGUUAAAAUCUUGACUACCUCCAUGUCCCCUUCAUCCUCCUUUUCAUCGUCUUCCUCAUCGUGUUUGCCGCUCAGAAACUGUGGGCCCUUUAUGGUCAUACUGUACAUUUAAUAUCAUGUUUAUUUUCAUCUCUUCUAACCCUCUUAAUGUAGUCUUCUUCAAGUUUUACCUUCUUUUCACACUUUCUUUGAUGACCCUCAUGUCAUUAUGAAAUCUCUGCUUAGAGAAGUUUUGGCUGUAGGCAGGUAGAUCAUUUUAAUGUUAAAUCUGUUAGAGGAAAGAGAAAGUGGUACUUGUAAACUUAGUACUUUUCAUGUGAGCACAAAGAAUUAUUUUGUUUAUAAUUAAAACAAUAACAACAAAA